UUUAUUGAUAUAUAAGCCUACUGGUCUUUAUUCAUAUCAUAUGUUUGGAUGGCCCUACUUUAAGCGAAUUGAAGUGCGCCGUGUGGACCAGUAACUGACCUGCAGGUUUCUGAUUCUUUUAUAAAGAGUAGACGAACUCCUAGAAAAUCAACUUUCAGCUCAUUUCUUUAACUUUUUCUUGCCACAAGAAGCAAGUCGUAUUUUGUGGCUUUGAUGUCACACGAUACCGAGCACAGACUAGCAAAUUUUACAAAUCCAUCGCCCCUUGCUUACUUCUUCUAAGACAUAUCUUCUAAGACAUAUAUAUAGGAGGUAUAUGUAUUAAGCUACGAAGUUGUCUUCGUCGUUCCUCUUCACUAAAAACACUCAAAAUCUGUCGACUGUCUACUAUCAGGGAUAUAUCUUGAAACACCAGAUACUCCAACAAUGACCGUCAAAUCACGAACAUCGUCGGAAUCGCCAUCAGACGAGUGGCAAGGUCCCUAUAUUUUAUCCGUAUCAGCAUCAAAAAUAACAUCAAAUCAAUUGAAGCAGUAUCUUGAUCGUAAAUAUCCUGGUCAAUACUCUGUACAGUUAAAACGGGACCGGUUCACGAUCACCAUAACAGAACAUAAAAAGGAAGUGUUAUGAAUGUACGAUUGGCAUCCACUUUUACGAUAGCACUGGCAACGGCACUCUACGGCCAAGUUUAGAGGAUUCAACAUGAUAGGACGUCUAUCAAGCUUUGACGCAAAUAUUUGUACACGUGGCUAUUAUACGUCAAUAUUUAUGUACACAAGACAUAGUCAAAUAUGCCCAACAUAUUGUUAGGCAACUGGGAUAUCUAUAGGGAGAAUUGAAGGUUGUGGAUGUGAUGAUGGCUCUUAAAUUCUGGUUGUAUAAUUUCAUAAAGUUCAAAUCAAGUACUAAAGUAUAUUUCUGA